UUGCACCUUUUGGACUAUUUUUUUUUUUGUUUCCGCCGCUUGAACCCCCCCAUCCACUAGCUCGUUAGCUAUCUUUGUUCACCCGCAUGUCGUAGCUCGAUGAACCCAACGAGCCUAUCAGGGCAUGAUAGAGGUGCUGUCGACAGAGUCGCCAUGUCCGGCUCGGACUCGAUCCCUUCACGAUCCAUUCCCCCUGGGUACGCUGGACGUGCUCGUGCCCAUCGUCAUCCCGGUCGCCGUGGUGUUUGUCUAUAGGACCCCUGUGGACCCCCAGAUCCUGCGCGAUGCUCUGGCUCGCCUUCUCGAGGUCUACCCCCAGCUCACGGGGAGGCUACAGGAAGACACGCUGGGGAACCGAUUUAUCACGUCAAUAGGAUCAGGCGUGUUGUUUGAGACGGCGAGAUGUAGCGACGGGCUCCCCGAGAAAGUCACCAUGGUGGAUCUCCCAGGCGAAGGGAACGACCUCUUUGCAUCGUUCACGCCAGACGCCACGGCUGUGAGCAAUGGCCCAAUCCUGUCCAUCCGACACACCUCGUUUGCCUGUGAUUCCGUCUCACUCGGUAUACGAUGCCUUCACACGGUCUGCGAUGCCGUAGGAUUCUUUCAACUGGUCCGAGAUCUGGCUCAGGUGUAUCGCAACCUGAGGGACGAUAAGCAGGCCCUGGACGGAGUGGACUUGCCAACCAUCAUUCCCCUCAAGGCGCCUCCGGGUGGCAGCACGACCCUCUUCACCCUCACCCCUCUCACCCCUCAGCCCACCGCCUCUGACCCUGCGACCGGUCGCUUCUUUCACUACACCCCCGACCAACUCGACUCGAUCAAACGACGCACCUCUGUGGGCACUUUUUCCGCCCUCUGCGCACAUCUCCACUGUCGAAUCUACCAAGCUAGAGCACGUGUCUACGAUGCCCUCUCCCCGCCAGACCUCCUCACCCCAGUCGAUCUCCGUCGUCGGUACCCCUUUCCACCGCGCUACUUUCCCCAAGCCGUCUUGACGACCUGGGCCGAGUUUGAACCCGACCAUCUGCUCCAGGACCACGUCUCUCGGGUCGCCUCGACAGUCCACCAUAUGGCGCGUCAUCCCGACGCGACCUCCCGCAUUGAUCAAACCCUCGGCUGGAUCGAAUCACAGCCUGACAAACGAUCCAUCGCCAGCUCGUUUCGCUAUGGCAACGGGAGUCUCAUGCUGAGUCAAUGGAACAAGAUGGAUAUGUAUGCAGUGUUUGAGAAUCGACCCGUGCUCGUGUCCACGCCGUUCACCAGUGUAUCAUGUAUCGACGGGCUAGGCUACUUUCUCCCGGCUCUAGACGGAGGUAUAGAUGUGUGUUUAUCUCUCAGCGAGCCGGUGUGGAAGUAUAUAGACAUGCAUUUAUAAUUAUUGGAU